CUGCAGGGACUCAUAAUACAACGAAUAAACCUACUCAGGAAUAUAUCAUAAUAAAACAUAAAUACAUCAUAAAAACGUAUCAGUUACGGAAGAAUUUGCUCAAUUACAUAAUUACACGUUCCCCAACCUAUCCGAUGAAUCUUGGUGGUGGAGUGAGUGACUCCUGAGUCUAUUCGCAGCUGCUCUGUCGCUUCCAUGAUCCACUCCAGUCCGGAUUUGGCAAGGAAGGAAACAGCUGCGGUAACGUUUUAGCAAUUUCAGAACAGAAGGAACAGCAAGUGAGACAUGCGGGGUCUAGAGUCGCCGCUCCAGCAGCAGUGGAGACCGGACGAGCAGCAGCAGACGUAGAUGAACAUGGCCGAGGACUAUUGGGAGCGCGCGGCGGCUUUGGGAUAUUAUUACUGCUGUUAAGAUUACAAGAGCAACACAUACUCACUGACACAAGCACAUACGGAUCUCAACUCCACGGGGCGGUUGAACAGUGGCAGCCACUCCACCCCCCUCAUCUCGUCCCCCCAUACCCCCACUGAUGGACCGCAUGAGGAAGAUCAAACGGCAGCUGUCCCUGACGCUGCGAGGGGGUAACGGCGGGGACAAGACCUUGAGUGAGACCAUCAGCUCUCAGGACACAGGAGCACACAGCGAUUCUGAGGCCAUGCCAGUUGGCGGCAGUGGUGGUCUGCGGGGUUCAGUGAGAGGUUCGGGGGGUUCCUUCAGCAUGCACUCCCUCCUGCAGUCCUACAGCAGCACCCUGCGCAGACCACGCAGCCUGGGCCGCAGUCUCAGCUCCUAUCUCAACCACACCACUCGCCUCGAAAUCGUCCAUGAGGAUGUUAAAAUGGGUUCCGAUGGAGAAAGCGAUCAGGCUUCGGCCACAUCCUCUGAUGAAGUGCACAGCCCCGUCCGAGUUCGUCUGAGAAACAACCCCGGUCGCAAAAUUUCCACAGAGGACAUAAACAAACGUCUUUCUCUGCCUGCCGAUAUCAGGCUUCCUGAUGGCUACCUGGAGAAAUUCAACCUCAACAGCCCCCUGUUUGACAAACCGCUCAGCCGGAGAUUACGCAGGGUAUCGCUGUCUGAGAUCGGAUUUGGGAAAUUGGAGACAUACGUGAAACUGGAUAAACUAGGAGAGGGCACCUAUGCUACAGUAUAUAAGGGCCGCAGUAAACUGACGGAUAAUCUGGUGGCUCUGAAGGAAAUCCGUUUGGAGCACGAGGAAGGAGCUCCAUGCACUGCCAUUAGAGAAGUGUCUCUGCUGAAGGACCUGAAACACGCCAAUAUUGUGACUCUUCAUGACAUCAUCCACACUCAGAAGUCUCUUACACUCGUGUUCGAGUACUUGGAUAAAGACCUGAAACAGUACCUAGAUGACUGCGGAAACAGCAUUCAUAUGCACAAUGUCAAGCUGUUCCUGUUUCAGCUGUUGCGAGGUCUGAACUACUGUCACAGACGUAAAGUCCUUCACCGAGACCUCAAGCCCCAAAAUCUUCUGAUCAACGAGCGCGGGGAGCUAAAGCUGGCUGAUUUUGGUCUGGCACGAGCAAAGUCGAUUCCCACCAAGACCUACUCCAAUGAGGUGGUGACGCUCUGGUACCGCCCCCCUGACAUCCUAUUGGGCAGCACAGACUAUUCUACUCAGAUUGACAUGUGGGGUGUUGGCUGUAUCUUCUACGAGAUGUCUACAGGUCGACCCUUGUUCCCAGGCUCCACAGUGGAGGAGGAGCUGCACUUUAUCUUCAAACUGCUCGGUACGCCCACAGAGGAGACGUGGCCCGGAAUAACCUCCAACGAGGAGUUCAUCUCCUAUAACUACCCCCGAUACCGGGCCGACUGUCUCCACAAUCACACUCCACGAUUGGACAAUGAUGGAGUUGAACUUCUGUCGAAGCUGCUGCAGUUUGAGGGGAAGAAACGGAUCGCAGCAGAGGAAGCUAUGAGACACCCAUACUUCAGCUGCCUGGGAGCGAGAAUUCUCACACUGCCAGACACUACAUCAAUAUUUGCACUUCAAGAAAUUCAGCUGGAGAAGGAGCCAGGAAUGAGGACGAAUUCCCUGUCAGAAUCAGUCAACAGCAUAUCUCAACGGCAGAGCCUGCUCUUCUGAGGGCACGUGGGGUGGCUCUGGACGGGGAAGAAGGAAGAUAAACGGGGAGGACGCGUUCAGACGAGGAAUAUCUGUUUUUCAUUGGCUAGUCCUGUGGCAUUAUGUGUGUAGAAGGGGUCACUGCAGUUGUUUACAUGGAGAGGCUGAGGAUGUUGAUUUGUGGAUUGUUUCCUUUGUUCCGAAUAACGCACUUCUCCUUCCCUGUUCACAACACAAACAUGUUCUUCCUGUUUUGCUGUACCUCCUCAACAUGGUUGCGUCAAUCCAGCCGCUGUAAUCAACCAAUCAGAUGCUGAAUGUUACUGGAUGGCCUGACUCUUCAUCCUUUUGACUGAAACAAAUCAACCCGUUUUCUUUGCAAUACUUCUCAAUAGUAAUGUAAGAGGAAGGCGAGUUUAUGAAGGAACGUGUCAUGAAUGCUGUUAAUAUCCAAAAGCCAAGUAACUCUAGUCUUCCAGUAAAUGGUCCCCUUCAUUAGAGUCAUCGGCCCUCCCAUCCAAAGACGAAGAUUUAGUACUAUGCCAACACAAUGGUUCAUCGCAAUCAAACAUAAUGUUAUUUGUAUUCAUCAGAACAUUGACGACAUGCUCUACUUUUGUUUUUUUUGCAAAAGCAUUUCCUUUUUAAGUUGAUGUUUACAUGUUUUUUUUUGUUUUUUUUUUGCCAUGCAACACAGUUUGAUCAUCUAGAAACAGUUUCACCAAAGGCCAUCUCUGUAUCCCUUUUGGUUUGAAUUAUGAGCUUCCAUUUCCAUUGUAAUGUUCAAGUGAACCCCUCGAUCAGCUGUCAAGGACAAAAUAUUUGUGCAAAGCAACUUCUAAUGUUUGAGUUGCAUUGAGGAAAGCCUCCGAUAAUCUCGACGCAUAUCUAGUUCAAGCCUUGUUGAUAAUUCUUCCAUUACUGCAGCUCUUACGGCUGUCACUCUGGUUGAAAACUGAGCUGGUUACUUUGUCGGUUCAGUCAGGGUGAUGAGAACUCAUAAUGGGAUGCCCGGGCGCAUGUGGAGAACCGGUCGACUUGUGUAGGGCUCAGGUGUCUGUCACUCUGCAGAACAGCUGAGUGCGGUGGAUAAUGUUCUGCGUCUCAGCCCGGUUGUUCAUACUCGGCAGGUUUUGGAGCCCAUUGGUGUCACGUAACACCACAGAUUCAAAACGGUACGUCCCCUGGCUUGUACGAUAUUCAGGGCAUCUCUGCACAAUGUCUAUGAUUAAACUGUCCCACAAAUGUGAUUAUUGGGUGAAUCUCUGAAGAAAAAAAAAUAAUAAAAAGUUAAGGUGAUAUUUUACCCUGAAAUUAAGAGAGAAAUAAAACGUUUUGUUAAGAAAAAAAUAAAGCCGAUUUUUUUUUUGCUUUGUAAAAUUUUCAAAAGCAAUAAGUCCCAAAAGUUCUUGUUCAUGUAAUAAUAAAAAUAAAAAUUCUAUAAAACUUUUGUAAAAUAUUAAAAUACAGUGUAUUUAAUAUUGUUUUUUUUUAUAAUAUUUAUAAGGAAAUAUUUGUUAUACUUUCUUUGCUGUAAUGAAUAAUUUCACAAUAACUUGUUCCUGUAAUACGGAGUAAUUUGCUGUGUAAUGAGAAAUAUUAAAUCUUUAAAGUGCAUCACAGUAGUGUGUGUAUUGCUUAAUUGUUAAAUAAUAAUGAUUAAAAAAAAUUCACCAUCAUAAAAAAGGUUCCUAAAAAAUAAGCUUAAUUAAUUUUUUAUGUAAAAUAUAAUUUAUUUUUAUUGUCUCUUUAUUUCAGGGUGAAAUGUGAUUGUUUUUUUGUUUUUUUGCAAGGUUCACUCCAUUAGAGCUGAAUGCUGAAGCGAUUAAGUUCUCAGUUUCCAUCGGUGUAACUAUGUGGAUGAUAUUUUAGUAAAUAUAAUUUUUUAAAAUUAUUAUUAAUUCAAACAAUCCCAAAGCGUUUGGUCUGGUGAUAGAUUGCGACUUCUGUUUGUCCCUGUUGGAGAUGACCGGUGAAAACCUGUGUUGAAUAUAUGUGACCCUCGACCACAAAACCAGAAGUGUCAAAAUUUAGAUUUAUACAUCAUCUGAAAGCUGAAUAAAUAAGCCUUCCUUUGAAUUUAUUAGCGAUAUUUGGCCGAGAUACAAAUAUUUGAAAAUCUGGAAUCUGAGUGUGCAAGAAAAAUCUAAAUACUGAAAAAAAAAAAAUCACCUUCUUAGCAAUGCAUAUUACCAAUCAGAAAUUAAGUUUUGAUAUAUGUACAGUAGGAAAUGUAAAAAUAUCUUUAUGGAACAUGAUCUUCAUCAUGAUUUUUGGCAUAAAAGAAAAAUCGAUGUCUACAUUGUAACUUUGUCCCAUACAAUGUAUUUUUGACAAUUGCUACAAAUAGAGCCCAGUAACUUACUGUAAGACUGCUUUUGUGCUCCAGGGUCACAUGUGAGGAGACGCUCUUGACGAGGGGAGUGCAGACUUGUAUGACAGUGUUGUAUAGUUGAAGACUGUGGUACAUUGAAAAUAGCCUUAGAAUGUUGUUUUUUUGCAGAUCAGAAGCGUGGAGAAUGCAAUGAGAAGAUCCUCCUAACAACAUAUAAUUUUUAAAGCAAAGAAGAAAAUAUUUUUUGUUAUACUUAUUGAUGACAUUGUUCAUUGUGUUCUUUUUUUCUUAUUUUUUAAUAUGUAGUGACCAGACGUUACUACAGUAGGAGACUCAUGUGGUGUAGAUAUUUGGUUUUGAUGUUUGUGAGAUCAUAAGGAUGAAAACGGCUCUUCUGAUUUAAAGCUUUCAUCUGGAAUGAGGAUGGAAAGGGCUUCAGUGGAUAAGUGAGGUAUCCAAAUGUUCAUUACUGCGCAAUAAUUGCUAAUUUACGCAAUAAUGUUUUUUUUGUUUUGUUUGUUUUUUAGCAAAACCCUUCUUAUUUGAAAUUAAUUUGGUUCUGAAUUGGCAUGCAUUGCUUGUCAUAAAAUAUAAAAGAAGCAAAUAAUGCCAGAAACUGUCAUGCAAAAACUCAAAGCUCUUUUAUUGCCCAUUUUAUGUGGAAUUCAAUUUUAAGUGAGGUUUUGAUAUGAUUGCAGGUGAAAUGUUUUUAUACUUGGAGACACUUUGAGAAAAUAUGGACUUCAUGCGGUUUUUAGUGCAUUUCUUUAAUUGUACAACUCUGUUUUAGAAUUGGCAGUUAAUGCGAAACAAAACUUGAUCAUUGAUCAAUACAGUAUUAUUUUCUUUUGAUUUUUUUUAUUUAUAUUGCAAUUGCAUCCACUUAAAAUGCCCAAAGUUUCAGGAUUUUCAGCUAUCUGACUGCUUUUGUCCAGUUGGCCGUUGUCCAUGUGUGAAGGCAAGAAUGGAGUGAUGCAGUCUGCUGCUCUAUAAAUAGGUUAAAAGCAGUUUAAACACAUUAAGCAAUACUCCCUGUCAAUCUACAUUUCACAUCUCAUGGAUAUCUAAUGCAGGAAAUUCUCUCAGAUGGCCAUAAUAUAUUUUCAGUAAAUAAUUAUGCAUAUGUAAGUGGUCACGUGUUCUGUUUGAGUCUAUGUUAACCAUGAAUAACGGUUGCAAAAUGUUUGAUUCGAUGUUGAAAAUCCCUUUUCCUGUUCUAUUGUUUUUAACCUUUGAGUUCUUGCAUUUGCAAUAGUCAAUCUUUUCACCCAAGGAUAUGUGGAUCAGAAGUAUGUUGACAUGGAAAAUCUUACAAAAUACAAAUAGACUGUUACAUCCAGUUGCUUGUAUGAAUGCUGAGCUCAUUUCCAACCAACUUGAUCCAUCUCUGUUAAUUAUAAAGAAGGAAGUGGAGUCAUUUGAAUACUGUCACGAGCAGAACAAAUGUGAAUAAUAUUUGCUUGCAAUAUAAUCAGUGUCCCAAACUUGAA